GACGAGCGCAAUUUGUCAUACCUCCUUUACCUAAACAUGCAAGAGUGAGAAAUGACAGGGCAAAAUUUGAAUGAGGUUCUAACCUGUAAUUUCGCCCCCGGCCGUUAAAUGGUGGGGCCCGACCCACCUCUAAAUUCCCCGCCUCUGCAACUGCCCGAACUUCUCGUCACUCACCACCUCCUUCUUUCUCAUCUCUCAAAACCCUAGAAUUUCCAAUCUUUCAGCAUUUCACCAAAAUGAAUUUCUGAAACCCUCUCUCUCCUACAUUGCCCAAUAUGGCUUCCCCAUUGGAAGAAGGAGGCGAGAGGGAUCUGGAGAUAGGAAUGAGCUCUGUGCCAGACCCUCACCUUCUUGCCAAGCCACCGUCGCCGUUGCAGUCAUCGCCAUCACCUUCUCGGAUGGCAACGGCGUCACCAUCAUCGAGGCCGGCUCUUGUUGUGUCCAAUUCAUUUAAGACAUUGGCCGGAUCAAGCUCCGGUAAGGCAUUGCUUGUGUCGUAUUCGAGCAAAUCUUUGUUGAUGUCUAAUUCAGGCAAGAGGAUGGACCAGGCCGGGAAGAAGAAGUACGUGAAGCAGGUGACCGGCCGGUUCAACGACACGGAGCUGCAUUUAGCGGCACAGCGGGGGGACGUGGCCGCUGUGAAGCAGAUUCUUGGCGAGAUUGAUGCGCAGAUGAUGGGGACGCUGAGUGGGACGGAGUUCGAUGCGGAGGUAUCGGAGAUUCGGUCUGAUAUGGUGAAUGAGGUGAAUGAGUUGGGGGAGACGGCGCUCUUCACGGCAGCUGAGAAGGGGCAUAUUGACGUCGUAAAGGAGCUGUUGCCCUACAUGACCAAGGAAGGCAUUUCAGCAAAGAAUCGGUCCGGUUUCGAUCCAUUGCAUAUUGCUGCAAGGCAAGGUCACCUAGCCAUUGUCCAGAUACUAUUAAAUCAUGACCCAGGGCUAACUAAAACAGUUGGCCAGUCGAAUGCAACCCCUCUUGUAUCUGCUGCUACAAGAGGGCAUGCUGCCGUGGUUAAUGAAUUGCUGUCAAAGGAUUCCAGCUUGCUGGAUAUAUCAAGAUCCAAUGGAAAGAAUGCAUUACAUUUAGCUGCCCGGCAGGGGCAUGUGGAUAUUGUUAAAGCAUUGCUUGAUAAGGAUCCUCAACUGGCAAGAAUAACUGAUAAGAAAGGGCAGACUGCACUGCAUAUGGCUGUCAAAGGAGUCAGUUGUGAAGUGGUGAGGUUGCUUCUUCGGGCAGAUGCAGCCACUGUGAGGCUUCCAGACAAGUUUGGUAAUAUGCCAUUACAUAUAGCCACCAGGAAAAAGCGAGUAGAGAUAGUGAAUGAGCUGUUGCGCAUGAUUGACACCGAUGUAAAUGCGCUUACAAGAGAACAGAAAACAGCUGUUGACAUAGUGGAAGGACUCGCUCUCUCUGAAGAGACCUCUGAAAUAAAGGACAUUUUGGCUCGCUAUGGUGGCUUCAGAGCAAACGAUCUGAACCAGCCACGGGACGAGCUUAGAAAAACUGUAACAGAAAUAAAAAAAAAUGUUCACACCCAGCUUGAACAAGCCCGGCAAACGUACCAGAACAUGAAUGGAAUUGCCAAUGAGCUGCGAAAGCUCCACAGAAAAGGAAUCAACAAUGCUACCAAUUCAGUCACUGUGGUGGCUUCUCUCUUUGCGACAAUUACAUUUGCAUCUGUUUUCACAGUUCCAGGAGGUGCUAAUGAUGACGGGAUUGCUUCAACAAUAGACACACCAUCUUUCAAGAUCUACUUCAUCUUUAACGCCCUUGCUCUCUUCACAUCAUUGGCUGUUGUAGUGGUACAGAUUACGGUGGUUAGGGGGGAGAUAAAUUCUGAGAGGAGGGUUGUGACAGUGAUCAAUAAGCUGAUGUGGUUGGCGUCUGUUUGCACUACAGUGGCAUUCAUUGCUUCAUCCUAUAUUGUGAUAGGCCGGCAGAAUAUAUGGGCUGCUAUUUUCGUCACAGUUGUAGGGGGAUUUAUAAUGUUUGUAGUUCUUGUUGCCAUGACUUAUUAUGUGGUGAAGUCUAAAAGGGUUCGGAAAGUAAAGAAGAGAGAGAAGUCUGCGAGGAAUGCAACCAAUACAUGGCGUUACUCAGAGAUAUCUGAUGCUGAAGUAAACCCAGUUUAUGCCAUUUGAUGUAAUGGCUUGGACAGGUUUCCUAUGCUCCUUCUGAUAUUUUAUAUAAACGAAAAAAAAAAUCAGAAGAAAUGAAGUAAAUAUUAGAUCUGCAGACGAGUAGCAUUUCAAGUGAUGGAUUUCUUGGAAGUGAUUAAAUUUUGGCGUGCUGAGAUGUUGUACGGUGUAAUAAGAAUCAAUUGUUGAUUACUCGGGAAUCUUUGAUGGCACGAAAUCAGAAUAUCAUAUACUCAGUAUUUAUUGUACAUGUACUCUUUUGUGUUGUCAUCUGAAUUUUCAGAUUAUGUAUAUAUAGCUGAGAGUGGUUUCUCUCCCGAUCAAGAAAACAUAGUGAGGUUUCUGAAUGUCCAGUUAGACCCGUGAAUUUGAAUUCUGUGAAUCAAAUUUGAAGCUGAGCCUAAUUAUGUAAAAUUUGGAAAUUUUGUUUGGUGGAGAUGCAGUGAGCAUUUGAUUUGCCUCAUUGAUAAAGACUGAGAUAUACAUCAAUGGCCAGUAUUAUUUUGUACUAUUCCUUCAAUUAGGAUGGACAAAUCAAGAAACUCUGGUAUGAGAUUAAGGCUGUUUAUAAUUAAUAUUAAUUUUCAUUAUGUUUGUGUAAUUUUUACUCAUUUGUAGUCCUUAAAUUACUCUGUUCAUUUGAUUGCUUCCAUUUUUUAUUUUUAUUUUUACUAUAAAGUCAUCAGUUUCAAUUUUUUAUCAGUUAUAGGGGCUG